AUGACGGAUUACUGGAAGCAGUAUGUCAACAGCAUCCUGGCAGACAGGAACAUUGAAGAUGUGGCUAUCAUAUGCCUCUCUGACAGCAAGCACAUGUGGGCAGCCAAGUCAGGAGGGCCCCUCACAGCCAUCUUGCCUGAGGAAGUGGACUUGAUCACAGGCCGGGAUCGGAAAACGUUCCUGCUAUUGGGAAUCACCAUAGCUGGCAAAAAGUGCAGCGUGAUUCGUGACAACCUGCUGGUGGAUGAAGACAACAUGAUGGAUGUCAGAAGCAAAGGCAGUGACAGCAGAUCUAUCUGCAUUGGCAAGAGCUCUAAAGCCCUGAUAUUUCUUAUGGGCAAGAAGGGAGUCCAUGGAGGAACCCUCAACCAAAAGGUCCACAAUAUGAUUACGAGCAUGAAAGCAUGA